AUGCUACGUAUCUCCAAACUAGCAGUAACUUCUCAGCGACCAAUUCGCAUUGAAGUAACAGGAACUCAGUUGAUGAAUGCCAUUGAAGAAUUAAAGGAGUUCAAGAGUGAGGAAAACGGCUCCACUGCAGAAAAACAUGAUGAUGAGGAGGAAGAUUCUGUAGCACAGCUCCUCACGGAGGCUGAAGUAAAGUCUGCUCAGCUAGACAGCCAACUGAAUGUACUGCAGAGGAAAAUCAGCGAAAGCAAGGAUGUCGAUGAGUCCACACGAAUACGCUUGAACCAUUUGCUCCAUAGACUUAACUCUUCAGCGAGUUCGAUCCAGAAGGUUGGUGGAGGAGAUAGUGCAGAAGAACUAAUUCACAAACAGUCCGUUGCCUCAAUUUUGUCUUUCGAUGUAACAGAGGACGAUAUACAUCAUGCCAGGAAAAAGUUCAGCAGUGAAGAAGCAAAA